AUCUUCCUCUACAUGUCGAUACCUGCAGACUGUUGAGUUCCUUUGCAAAGCCAAAUUCAGUGAAAUUAAGAUAAGCAAUGGAUGGUUCUACUUCUCCUGUUCUAAGAGCUAUAAAAAGCUACAGCAGAGUUUCACAUCUUUUACAUGUUCAAGAUGUAAUGAUAACAAUGAUAUUGGGAUUAUUAG